ACAGUGUAGAGAAACAGACACUCAAGUGCUGUUGACCUGUUGCAACUUUAUAUCAGCGCACACAUGCAGGAAAAUGGCAGAAUCCUGUAUUUCAGUGGAUCAGUUCAGCUGUCCGGUGUGUCUGGAUCUCCUGAAGGAUCCAGUGACCAUCCAGUGUGGACACAGUUACUGUAUGAGCUGCAUUACAGACUGCUGGAAUGAGGAGGAUGAGAAGGGAGUCUACAGCUGCCCUCAGUGCAGACAGACCUUCAGUCCAAGACCUGCUUUAUUUAAGAAUGUAGUGUUUGCUGAAAUGGUGGAGAAACUGAAGAAGACCAAACUUCAAAGUGCGGUUCCUGCUGGAGCUGGAGAUGUGCAGUGUGACGUCUGUACUGGAAGAAAAUACAAAGCCGUCAAGUCCUGUCUGGUGUGUCUGAACUCUUACUGUCAAACUCAUUUUGAGCGUCAUGAGGAGUUUCACCCUGGUAAACGACACAAAGUGAUCGAGGCCACUGGACGACUGCAGGAGAUGAUCUGCCAGAAACACGACAAGCUUCUAGAGGUUUUUUGUCGCACUGAUCAGAAAUGUAUUUGCUUGCUGUGUAUGGUGGAUGAACAUAAAAACCAUGACACUGUGUCAACUGCAUUACAGAGGACUGAGGAAGAGAGACACUGGAAAGAUAUACAGGUAAAUUGCCAUCAGAGAAUCCAGCAGAGAGAGAAAGAUCUUCAGCAGCUGAGAGAGGCUGUGGAGUCUCAUAAGCGCUCUGCACAGACAGCAGUGGAGGACAGUGAGAGGAUCUUUACUGAGCUCAUCCGCUCCAUUGAGAGAAGCCGCUUUGAGCUGAUUCGGCUGAUCAGAGAUCAGGAAAAGCGAGCGGUGAGUCGAGCUGAAGGAGGACUGGAGCGACUGGAGCAGGAGAUCAUUGAUCUGAGGAGGAGAGACGCUGAGCUGGAGCAGCUUUCACACACACAGGAUCACAUCCAAUUCCUGCAGGAUUUUCAGUCUCUCUCAGCACCUCCUGAAUCUACAGAUGGAAAUGACGAUCCCUUCAGUUCUCUUGUCUCUUUUGAUGAUCUGAGAGAAUCUGUUCAUCAGCUGAGAGACAAACUGGAAGAUUACUGCAAAAAGGAGCUCAAGAAGAUCUUAGACAGAGUCACAUUCAUCAACAUUGUUCCCAGGACCAGGAACGACUUCCUACAAUAUUCCCAUCAGCUCACUCUGGAUCUGAACACAGUGAAUAAAUACCUCCAUCUGUCUGAGAGCAACGGAGUGAUUACUGACAGUAGCACAGUUCAGUCGUAUCCUGAUCAUCCAGACAGAUUUGAUGUGUAUGCUCAGGUGUUGUGUAGAGAGAGUGUGUGUGGACGCUUUUAUUGGGAGCUGCAGUGGAGUGGACAUGUGCGUAUAUCAGUGUCAUAUAAGAGCAUCAGCAGGAAGGGACGGGGUAAUGAGUGUUUGUUUGGAUAUAACGAUCAGUCCUGGAGUUUGUUCUGCUCUCCUUCCAGAUACUCAUUCAGACACAAUAACAUAGAGAACGUUCUCCCUGUAAAGCCCAUCAGCAGUAGAAUAGGAGUGUUUGUGGAUCACAGUGCAGGAACUCUGUCCUUCUACAGCGUCUCUGACACAAUGAGCCUCAUCCACACAGUCCAGACAACAUUCACCCAGCCACUCUAUCCUGGGAUUUGGGUUGGUUCUGGAUCAUCAGUGAAACUGUGUUGAUGAACCAGAGUAGACUGACAAGAGAUUCUAGCCAUAAUGCUUUGAGCUGCAUGGUAAAUCAGUAACAGUCAGAUGUUAUAGAGUCCCUUUUUUUCUCCUCAUUAAGUCAAGUCAAGUCACCUUUAUUUUGCUUUAUGCUUUUACCAAUACUGAUUGUGUCAAAACAGCUUUAUAGAAUAAUAAUAAUUAAAAAAAAAAAAAAAGUAAAAUAGUGUGUCAAUAAAGCAGAAGGACAAUAGUAAACACUAAAUUUUCUGCAAAAGUCAGUUCAUCAUUGGUUCAGUGAUCAUCCAGCUCAGUUCAGUUCAGUUUAAAUAGUAUCCGUGCGAUCAAAGCCAGGUUAAGGAGAUGGGUUUUUAAUCUAGAUUUAAACUGACAGAGUAUGUCUGUCUCCCGAACAAUGUUAGGUAGAUUGUUUCAGAAUUUGGGUGCUAAAUAGGAAAAGGAUCUGUCGCCCACAGUUGAUUUUGAUAUGCUAGGUCAGGGGUGCUCAACCCUGUUCCUGGAGAUCUACCUUCCUGCAGAAUUCAGCUCCAACCCUGAUCAAACACACCUGAAACAACUAAUUAGGAUCUGAAGGAGCACUUGAUAAUUACA